GUAUAAAUUGCAAAUUGUUGGUCUUUUGUAGCCUUCCCAAUGGAAGCUGCUCCGGCAGGAACUGUUGAAAUACAUGGACUGCUUCUUGGUGGCUAUCAUCAACUCCUGUCCAAUGCCAGCCCCACCCAACAAAACUGAAGCCCUGUGGGAACGCUUUGUUACCACCUUAAAAGAUCAAGAUCUCCUCUCUCUCCCAGUGAUGGAAGCCCAGUCUUGCUACCUCCUAACCAGAAGGGCUUUUUCUAGAUCUCUGGUUUUGGUUUUGGAUGACAACUUUUAUUAUCAAAGCAUGAGAUACGAAGUCUACCAGUUGGCCCGGAAAUAUUCCUUAGGCUUUUGCCAGCUCUUUAUAGACUGUCCUCUUGAGACCUGUUUACAGAGAAAUGGCCAGAGGCCAAGGGCACUGCCACCCAGGAUCAUUCACCUGAUGUUAAGAAAGAUCGAAAAACCCAACCCUGAGAAAAAUGCUUGGGAACGCAACAGCCUCAUCAUUCAGAGUCCGGCAUGCUCAUCGGAAGCCAGCCUAGAGGUGGCUGAUUUCUUCCUUGCUGCUUUGGAAAACCCAGUACGAAAUGUUGAGGACAACUGGGGACAGAAGGAAGCAGACAGAAUUAUCUGUUCAACUAAUGUUCUUCAUCAAGUUGAUCAGACGCUCCGAAGAAUUCUCUCUCAGACCAUGAAGGAAGCAAAGGGUGAACUAGUGCUUCCUUACAACUUGAAGCUUCUUGCAGAAGAACUUAACAAGCUGCGAGCAGAGCUCCUGGAAGACCUGAGACAAGGAAGCAGUAAGAAAUGUCUGUGCUUCCAGCAAACCACCAGCACAGAUGUGAUCGCUCUUUUCCAGGAUGAAAAAGAUAAGAUUGUACAGAAGUAUUUGUCACAGCAUUAAAAAUUCUGAAUUUCUAA